UCACCAGCGACACUGUGUCCACUUCUGUUAGGCGGUCUAUCGAUCCAUCCGUUACAUGUCUACGAUUGUAUACGCUCUCAUCGCGAUCGUUGUAGUCUGGCUUCUUCUUCCCACUAUGUCUCGGCUCGGUGGGACCAAGUCGAAAGAUGCGGGGCUCAUCUCGGAGAUUCGAGAGAUUACAGGAGCAACGUGAGGAACAUGACGUGAGGUGGUCUGAUGAGCAGCUUGGCCGAUGCUCAGAAACUCGUGAAGAAGCACAGGACGGUAGAGGGAGCCAUUGAAGCUUUCUACUCUGAUCCUUCGAUGCAACGGCAUGCGACGACGACGAAAGAAGACAAGACGAAGGAGAAGAAACUGGGUGAUGUCUGGGAGAAGUUUAAGGAUCCAUCCGAUCCCAAAUUGAUCAAGAUUGACGGGACGAUGCAAUUAUGUGAGGAGCUAGAUAUUGAUCCGUCAACAGACUCGGUCCUGUUUUGUCUCGCUGCGGAUCUGGGAUCAAAAGUCACGGGAGAAUGGGAGAAAGGUCCAUGGGUUUCAGGAUGGUCAUCCAUGCCUGGCAAUAUCGAUUCGAUUGAAGGGAUGAAAGCUCGACUCCCAGCGCUUCGAGAAAAGCUCAAUACUGAGCCUGCAUACUUUAAAAAAGUUUACAUGCACACGUUCGACCUGGUCAAAGCUCCAGGAGCUCGAACGUUGGCCCUCGAUACAGCUAUCGACAUGUGGACAUUGUUCAUACCUCCCGCUCUGCAAGCUUCUCCUUCGGCACUCUCACACCUCCCUUCAUCCACUACAUCCCUCUUCUCAAUGCAAGAUUUUGAAUCUUGGAUCGAAUUUCAACGUCAACGGGGCAAAGCAGUAUCAAAAGAUACCUGGACAUUGUUCAUUGACUUCGUCCGAACCAUUGAUGCGGAUUUCAAAGAUUACGACGAGGAAGCGGCCUGGCCAUCGACAAUUGACGACUUUGUGGAGCAUGUGAGAGCAUCACGAAAGGCAUAGAUUUCACAUGUAUUGCAUCUAGAUGAUGCUGGUAUGCAGAUUACCGGCCCCGCCCCCUGUCACGGACACGGGUGAAGCGAAGCGGCGAGUGUCGUGGUGUGAGCGUUCACGAAGCCGGAAGGGGUGUGUGAUGCCAGCGAAGGGGCAGGGCAACCUACAGGGUAGGACAUGUGCGGGCCACCGUGGGAUAACCGCACAGCGAUGAUCCCUCAGGGGUGGUCAUUGCUAUCUCGCUCUUGGUCGAGGUCAUAGUGCAUUUGCGAGGACAGAUUCACACAAGUCUUUCGCUCAGCUGAAAGCGAGAAAACGUACAAGUACGGUCGGAUAUGAAGCUAGGAGGGCUAUGCCGAGGAGACAGAUCUUCUUUCUAGUGCUGUACCUGACGACUCUCGACUCGACAUCCUUAAGUCCGUGAGAGCGGGCGGGCCGUCGAGUCGGAC